CCUGGCUCCUUCCCCACAGCCCAGCCCAUGGCCUGGCCCCAGCCCUGUGGGGGCUGCCUGGUCUCCAGGCUCUUCAGGCCAGUGGAUGGUCCUAUGCUGGACUGUGACUGUGCCUUGGUGGGACUGUGCCUAGCAGUGUGACUGUACCAUGGUUUAACAGUUCCUGAUGGUGUGGCUGUACUGCAGUUGUGCGGCUGCGCUGUGGCUGUACCUCAGUGGUGUGGCUGUACUGCAGCAGUGUGGCUGUACUGUGGCUGUGCCAUGGCUGUGUGGCUGUGCCCCUGGCAGUGAGCCUGCACCCUGGCAGUGAGACUGUAUGUACCCUGUACCUCAAGGAAUGGGACUGUACCCCAGCAGUCCCCUUACCAUGGGACUUCAAAUGUGCCCUGGUGACACCCCACUCCAUGCACAUCAACCAGAGCAGGGAGACUGUGCCCUGUCCCAGUACCCCUGGCUGUGCACGGUACCACGGUGUCCCUGGUGUCCCUGUACCCCAGCAGAGCAACUGUGUCCUCACAGAGUACCUGCACCCUGGCCUAAUGCCCACAGUGUGAGAGCACCUCAUCAGAGUGCCUGUACUCUAGUGGUGGCCUCUGUGUGCCUGUGCCCCAGCAGUGCCCCCAUGUACCUGUACAGCAGCAGGGCGGAUGUGCCCUGUCAAUCCUCCAGCAUGCCUUGCCUUCCUGCCUGCGGAAUGCCUGUACCUGGCCCAGUGCCUGCGGGCGCCUCCGACUGGUCUUGUCCCUGACCCUGAGAAGAAGGAAGCUCCAGCUGUGAGCAGUACACUUUAGCUGUGAUACGCUGUGACACGGGGAAGUGAUGCCUGUACAGACAGCCCAGGGGACAAACCCUCAGCCUGGAGCACGCCCUUCCUGAGUGCUGCCUGUUCUCUCGGCCAGUUCCUCACGCUCAGGCAGAGCUGGCUGUUGUCUCCCGAGGGCGUUGGUGCUGGGAGCCACCACCAAACAUCACCCCUGUGGCGAAGCGCAGGGACGGUUCCAGGUAGCCUGGCUACUUCCCUGGACUUUUUUCCAUUAUCACACUCUCCUCAGCAGGCAGAGGACGGCACAGUCCUGGGCUGCAGGGACCAGGUCUGUUGUAGUGGUGGCCUUGCUGGCCUGCCCUGCCCACUGCUCGUGGCUGCUCUGGGUCCAGCCGUGCAGUUGAUGUCUGACCUGGAAACCCCAGUGCUGGGGCUGUGGGGAGCGCUCAGAGCUGUGCCUGUGGGGUGUAACAGUUCCUGCUCACCUGGACAUGGCUGGGCAGAGAGGGGGGCUGCCCCUGCUCUUGCCCCUGCUGCUGCUGCUGUUGCUGAGCCUCACCUGCCUCGCCGUGCUGCACCUUGCUCUGGAGACAACUGCCAUGGGUGUGACAGCAGCCACGUCCCCAUCUCCCCCCACCUCCUCAAUUUCUAUGGAGACCUCGACACAGCUGCCCACCACUGACUCCACCACUGCAGCCACCCUCUCUCCCUCCAGCCCUGAAACAGAAGCUUCCACCCCAGAGAGGUCCAGCACAUCCCCAGGGACUGGCAGCACCCCAACUCCCACCACGCCUCCUCCCACCACAACAACAGCUACUUCAUCUGAGCCCUUGACAACCCUGGCAAACACCACGGCCAGCCCUGUUAUCAGCACGGAGGUCCCCCUGAGCACCCCCUCUCCCAGCCACCUGGCCAGGACCACAUCCAGGACUGCUCCUGGCAUCUUCCCCCCAACUAUGGAGUCGACUCCAGGCAUUGAGUUCUCUUUCCCCACCAUGAAUUUGACCCAGACCUCAGAGAUUACCCACAGCACCUCUGCAGACCUGCCAAUGCCGCCGCCCGUCUGCCCAACUGGCUCGUCCAACACCAGUGCCUCUCGCCUCUUCCUGUCUCUGCGGCUAAGCACCCCCCUGGACCUGGGGAACAGCACGGUGCAGGAGCUGGUGUUGUCCAAGCUCCGUGAGAACCUUCAGACGGCAUUCCCGUGCGCUGGCCUGUCAUUGGAAUGGCGAGGGAAGAGGAGCCCCUGACCACUGCCCCUCGCCCUGCCAGCUCCCACAUGGCAGAGCAAGCCAUCUGCUCCCGGCUCCUUACUCCAUGGCAGUGCAGCCCCUUGGGGUAACAUGCACAGCUCCUCUUGAACUUGGGGCUCCCUGUCCUUCCCUGUGCACCCCCAGUGCCCCCCGUGGGCUGUGGUGCCCCCUUCCCACAGCCUGUCUGUAAAGCCCAAGACCUCCCACCACCCUGCUCCAGACCUGGCUCCUGUGGUGUGACCCCUUCCAGCGCUGCCAGGGGGCUGGAAGGAGAGGACUCUGUGGAACUGGGCUUUUACAGCUGGGACUGUGCUGGCUCAGCCUUCAAAGCCGCCCUGGGGACUGAUGGAUGAGAGGAAGGAGACCUGGAGCCCCCAGUACUGCUGUGCCCAAGGCUCACCUGCGAUAUUGCUGACAGAGGAGCCCGCCCAUGCCAACACAGGCUGGGCAGUAAAUAGAAACUCCAUGCUUUUCCAGUGUUGAA